GCCGCAUCUGAUUGGUGGAUUGUGCUGUCAGUCAGUGGCGACACCGAGCGACGUGAAGGAGCGCUGCCCGCCCCGAGCUGAUGUGUCCCAGACCAGGAAGUGAAGUUUUUAAGGAGCUGAACUGAGUGGAGCAGGAUGACCACUUUAAUUCGGCGUGGCCGACGUGGAGAAGAGGGCCCGGACAAGAGGGCCGAUUCUGACGAUUCCAGCAAAGACAAAGAUGAGGAUGCCGCGGGGGACUGUAAGGACAUGAGGCUGACGCUUAUGGAGGAGGUUCUUCUCCUGGGCCUGAAGGACAAAGAGGGUUAUACAUCCUUUUGGAAUGACUGCAUAUCCUCGGGACUACGUGGCGGUAUCCUCAUCGAGCUCGCCCUCAGGGGACGUGUUAUUCUGGAGCCGGCUACUUUACGCAAGAAACGCCUCUUGGAUCGAAGGGUGCUGCUCAAGUCAGAGGCACCAACAGGAGAUGUUCUGUUGGACGAGACCCUGAAACACAUUAAGGCAACCGAUCCUGCGGAAACUGUCCAGAGCUGGAUAGAGUUACUGACCGGUGAAACAUGGAACCCGUUCAAGCUUCAGUACCAACUCCGAAACGUUCGAGAACGUAUUGCCAAGAGCUUGGUGGAGAAGGGAAUCUUGACCACAGAGAAGCAAAACUUCCUGCUCUUCGACAUGACCACCCACCCUGUAACCAAUACCACAGAGAAGCAACGACUGGUGAAGAAGCUGCAAGAAUCUGUCCUCGAAAAGUGGGUGAAUGACCCACAUCGCAUGGACAAACGGACACUGUCCCUGCUGGUCCUGGCCCACUCCUCUGACGUCCUGGAGAACGCCUUCUCCACACUGCCGGAUGACAAGUAUGACAUGGCCAUGAACAGAUCCAAAGACCUCCUAGAUUUGGAUCCUGACGUAGAAGCCACGAAACCCAACUGCACAGAAAUGAUCUGGGCCGUAUUGUCUGCUUUCAACAAAUCUUAAGAUCUAUGGUGGUGGGAAUUAAACCGGACGAAGGAUUCAUCCAUAUUGUUUUCCAGAACGUUCAGUGGGGCAGGAGAGAUGCAGAGAUCGAAAACUUUGCUUGAACAUGAAUUCUGAACCUCCAGCCCCCAAAUACCCUUCCAUCUGCUACCUACCCACAUACCUAGUGUAUUGGUAGAGCACAUGGAAGCAGUGGACUCUGUAGCUACCGUAAUACACGUUUUUGUUUUUUCUUUGUAGGGCUUAAAAAAAAAAUCAGCAAGUAAGGUUCACUCAACAACCUGAUAAUUCUGGAGUCUUCAAUGGUCCAUGGUGAUGUACAUUGGUACAAAUGUGCACCCCCUUCUUCCGUUCUAAAUAGGCUGUGGACUCUUGAGUGGUCAGGUCACAAGCGAGUGACCGUUGUACCUAGUUGAUGUCUCCUGCUCACGUUUUCUAUGACGAUCACACAAAAAGACAUGUAGACUUUUUUGAAGGAUAUGUAUAAGUUGCACAGAUUUGGGCCAUGAUAAAUGUUUUUUUAACUUUUUUUGUUUUUAGGUUGCGAAGCCACUUCUAUAACUUGAUCUCGUUAAUUAUUUGCAAUGUAGCUUUAAUAGAGAGGGGGGAAAAAAAUUAAAAUAUGUUUCUUUAGGAACAGUACAUCGGGAUCUUCGUGAUUUAUUUAUGCUCUUCACAGAAGUUCUUCCUUUCCAGCUUGUAUUGGGCAGAUUUUGUAUCUAGAAGCCUUCAUCCACUGCUUGGGUUGAUAACCAGCCAUUAGGG